GAGGAGGAGGAGGAAGAGACCAACACUGAGGUUUUGGUAGAAGAUGAGGAGGAAGAGGAGGAGGAAGAAGAAGAGGAUGCCAAAACUAAUGAUCUGGUAGAAAAUGAGGAGGAGGAGGAGGAGGAGGAAGAAGAAGAGGCCAAAACUGAAGAUUUGGUAGAAGAUGAGGAAGAGGAGGAGGAGGAGGCCAAAACUGAAGAUUUAGAAGAAGAUGGGGAGGAGGAGGAGGAGGAGGAGGAGGAGGAGGAGACCAAAACUGAGGAUUUGGUAGAAGAUGGGGAGGAGGAGGAAGAGGCCAAAACUAAAGAUUUGGUUGACGGUGUGUUGGAGGAGGAUGAGGAGGAAGAAGAGGAGGAUAAAGAAACUGAGGAGGAGGAGGAGGAGAAGAAGGAGGAGGAGAUCAAAACUGAGGAUUUGGUAGAAGAUGAGGAGGAAGAAGAAGAGGAUGCCAAAACUAAAGAUUUGGUAGAAGAUGAUGAUGAGGAGGAGGAGGCCAAAACUGAUUUAGUAGAAGAUGGGGUGGAGGAGGAGGAGGAGGAGGAGGAGGGGGAGGAGGAGGAGGAGGAGGAGGAGAAGGAGGAGAAGGAGGAGACCAAAACUAAGGAUUUGGUAGAAGAUGAGGAAGAGGAGGAGGAGGAGGAGGCCAAAACUGAAGAUUUAGUAGAAGAUGGGGAGGAGGAGGAGGAGGAGGAGACCAAAACUGAGGAUUUGGUAGAAGAUGGGGAGGAGGAGGAGGAGGAGGCCAAAGCUGAAGAUUUAGUAGAAGAUGGGGAGGAGGAGGAGGAGGAGGAGGAGGAGAAGGAGGAGACCAAAACUAAGGAUUUGGUAGAAGAUGAGGAGGAAGAAGAAGAGGAUGCCAAAACUAAAGAUUUGGUAGAAGAUGACGAGGAGGAGGCCAAAACUGAUUUAGUAGAAGAUGAGGAGGAGGAGGAGGAGGAAAGGGAGGAGGAGGAGGCCAAAACUGAAGAUUUAGUAGAAGAUGGGGAGGAGGAGGAGGAGGAGACCAAAACUGAGGAUUUGGUAGAAGAUGAGGAGGAGGAGGAAGAGGCUAAAACUAAAGAUUUGGUUGAGGGUGUGUUGGAGGAGGAUGAGGAGGAAGAAGAGGAGGAUAAAGAAACUGAGGAGGUUUUGGCAGAAGAGGAGGAGGAGGAGGAGGAGGAGGAGAUAAAAUCUGAGGAGGUUUUGGCUAAAGAGGAGGAGAUGGUGACCAAAACUCAGGAAGAUUUGGGGGAAGAGGAGAAGGAGGAUGCCAAAACUGAGGAUUUGGUAGAAGGUGGGGAGGGGGAGGAGAAGGAGGAGGAGGAGGAGGAAGAGGAGGCCAAAACUGGUGAAGAUUUGGUAGAAGAUGAGGCGGAGGAUAAAGCAAAAACAGAGGAAGAGACUGAAGAUAAAGAUCUUCAUUUGACUGAAGUAAGAGACAAAGAAAACAUUGAAAUGACCGACACUGAUGUCAAAGAUCAGUUUGAAAAAAAUGAUCAGGACAAUCAAGAUUUAGAAAUAGAAGAUGAUGAAGCUUUAGAGGAGGAAGGAGAAAAAUAUGAAGAAAUAGGAGCUGAGAUUAAGGUGGAUAAUGAAGAUGAAGACCAAGAGCCAUCUGUCCAACAACUUGAUCUCAAAACUCUGUCGGCUGAAAAGCUUGAUAACAUCAGCGUUGUACCUGAAUCUGAUGAUGAAGAAGAAAUUACAAUUAUUCCACCUAGUUUGGACCAAGAUGAAUACUUUGAUGAUCAUGAUGAAAACAACAACAACAGUGAGAGCAGGAAAACUGAACCUAAACGAAAGAGGAAAGUUCAUAUUCCUUUCGAGAGGGUAAGAAGAGUUGGAUCCAGAGCUGUUCACAAAGAAGAAGAGCACCUACAAAAACAUGACACAGUUCUCAAAGAAGCAAAAGAAAGACAUGCAAUAAAAGAAGUUAAAGAGGCCAUUAUCAAAGACCUCAAAGCUGCAGAAAUUGAGAAGGACACCAAACUAAAAGAAGAAAAGCCAAAGGCAAAAACUCUUGAGAAGAAACCAGAGAGGCCCAAAGAAGAGACAAAAGUGAAGAAACUGCGUCAAGAAGAUAAAGUGAAGAAACCUCCCAAAGAAGAGAAAGAAGUUAAGAGGCCUGCUAAAGAAGAAAAAGAAGUCAAGAAACCACCUAAAGAAAAGAAAGAAGAAGAGACAAAAGUGAAGAAACCUUCCAAGUUAGAAGUUAAGAUAUCACCCAAAGAAGAGAAAGAAGUCAAGAAACCACCUAAAGAGAGAGAGGUAAAGAAACCCCCCAAAGAAGAAAAAGAAGUCAAGAAAGCCAUCAAAGAUAAAGAAGUAAAGAAACCACCCAAAGAAGAGAAAGAGGUGAAGAGACCAGUAAAAGAAGAAAAAGAAGUCAAGAAACCACCUAAAGAAGAGAAAGAAGUCAAGAAACCACCCAAAGAAGAGAAAGAGGUGAAGAGACCAGCAAAAGAAGAAAAAGAAGUCAGGAAACCACCUAAAGAGAAAGAGGUGAAGAAACCACCUAAAGAAGAGAAAGAAGUCAAGAAACCACCCAAAGAAAAGAAAGAGGUGAAAAAGCCUCCCAAGGAAGAAAAAGAAGUCAAGAAACCACUCAAAGAAGAGAAAGAAGUCAAGAAACCACCUAAAGAAGAGAAAGAGGUGAAGAAACCACCCAAAGAAGAAAAAGAAGUCAAGAAACCACCUAAAGAAGAGAAAGAGGUGAAGAAGCCUCCCAAAGAAGAAAUAGAAGUCAAGAAACCACCCAAAGAAGAGAAAGAGGUGAAGAAACCACCCAAAGAAGAGAAAGAAGUCAAGAAACCACCCAAAGAAAAGAAAGAGGUGAAGAAGCCUCCCAAAGAAGAAAAAGAAGUCAAGAAAUCACUCAAGGAAGAGAAAGAAGUCAAGAAACCACCUAAAGAAGAGGAAGAGGUGAAGAAGCCUCCCAAAGAAGAAAAAGAAGUCAAGAAACCACUCAAAGAAGAGAAAGAAGUCAAGAAACCACCCAAAGAAGAAAAAGAAGUCAAGAAACCACCUAAAGAAGAGAAAGAGGUGAAGAAGCCUCCCAAAGAAGAUAUAGAAGUAAAGAAACCACCCAAAGAAGAGAAAGAAGCCAAGAAACCAGCCAAAGAAGAGAAAGAAGCCAAGAAACCACCCAAAGAAGAGGAAGAGGUGAAGAAACCACCUAAAGAGGAGAAAGAAGUCAAGAAACCAGCCAAAGAAGAGAAGAAGGCAAAGGAGCCUCUCAAAGAGGAAAAACAAGUCAAGAAACCUUCCAAAGAAGAGAAAGAAGUCAAGAAACCACCCAAAGAAAAGAAAGAGGUGAAGAAGCCUCACAAAGAAGAAAAAGAAGCCAAGAAACCACCUAAAGAAGAGAGAGAGGUCAAGAAACCACCCAAAGAAGAAAAAGAAGUCAAGAAACCAGCCAAAGAAGAGAAAGAAGUUAAGAAACCACCUAAAGAAGAGAAAGAAGUUAAGAAACCACCCAAAGAAGAGAAAGAAGCCAAGAAACCACCUAAAGAGGAGAGAGAGGAAAAGAAGCCUCCUAAAGAAGAGAGAGAAGUCAAGAAACCACCCAAAGAAGAAAUAGAAGUCAAGAAACCACCCAAAGAAGAGAAAGAAGUCAGGAAACCACGUAAAGAAGAGAAAGAAGUCAAGAAACCAGCCAAAGAAGAGAAGGAGGUGAAGGAGCCUCCCAAAGAGGAAAAACAAGUCAAGAAACCUUCCAAAGAAGAGAAAGAAGUCAAGAAACUUACCAAAGAAAAGACAGAGGUAAAGAUACCAUCCAAAGAAGAGAAAGAAGUCAAGAAACCAGCCAAAGAAGAAAAAGAAGUCAAGAAACCACUCAAAGAAGAGAAAGAAGUCAAGAAACCUUCCAAAGAAGAGAAAGAGGUGAGGGAGCCUUCCAAAGAAGAAAAAGAAAUCAAGAAACCUACCAAAGAAAAGAUAGAGGUAAAGAUACCAUCCAAAGAAGAGAAAGAAGUCAAGAAACCAGACAAAGAAGAGAAAGAAGUCAAGAAACCAGCCAAAGAAGAGAAAGAGGCGAAGAAGCCUCCCAAAGAAGAAACAGAAGUCAAAAAACCACCCAAAGAAGAGAAAGAAGUCAAGAAACCACCCAAAGAAGAGAAAGAAGUCAAGAAACCACCUAAAGAAGAGAAAGAAGCCAAGAAACCUUCCAAAGAAGAAAAAGAAGUUAAGAUACCAUCCAAAGAAGAAAUGGAGGUCAAGAAACCUCCCAGAGAAGAUGAAGCAGUAAAGAAACUGCCUAAAGAAGAGAGAGAAGUCAAGGAACCACCCAAAGAAGAGAAAGAGGUUAAGAUGCCUCCCAAAGAAGAAAAAGAAGUCAAAAAACCAUCCAAAGAAGAGAAAGAAGUCAAGAAACCAGCCAAAGAAGAGAAAGAAAUCAAGAAAUCUCUCAAAGAAGAAAAAGAGAAAAAGAAACCACCCAAAGUAGUGGUUGACUCAAAACUAUCUAAGGAAGAGAAAGAAUCAAGAAUGCCUCAGGGGGAGAAAAUAGAGAAGGAGGUUAAACCUAAAGAACUGGAGGAAGUAAAGAAGCCUUCUAAGGAAAGGAAAGAAGUGAAGAAACCCUCUAAGGAGAAGGAAGAGAUAAAGCCAUCUAAGGAGGAGAAAAAAGAAAUUAAGCAACCUACAAAAGAGAAAGCAGUAAAAGAGAUAAAGAAAGAGGUGGAAGACAAGAAGCUUUCUAAAGAAGAGACAGUAGAGAAAUUGCCUUCUGUUGAGGAAAAAGAAGUUAAAAAGGCUGCAAAAGAGGAGAAAAAUAUAACAAAGCCUGCAAAAGAAGAAGCAGAAAAGAAAUUCAAAGAGAAGAAACAACCAACUAAACCUUCUCAAGAGGUGAAAGAAGAGGAAAAGCAGGAGAGGCCUUCCAAAGAAAGGACAAUAUCAAAGAAGCCAUCUAAAGAAAAACAAGAACCAGAGAAACCCUCUAAGGAAGAAAAAGAGCCUUCAAAACUUCCUAUGAAGGAAGAAAAAGAACUAAAGAAGCCUACCAAAGAAAAGACUGAACAAAAGAAGCCCUCAAAGAAACAAGAACAGGAAAAACCUUCCAAAGAAAAGAAAGAGGUCAAAAAGCCUUCUAAAGAAGAGAAAGAAAUAAAGACUAAAGAAGACAAAGAACUUGUCAAGAAAAGAGACGCACAGAUAGAUGAUAAACCCAAAAAAGCUGUAAGAAAAAUUAAAGUAGUAAAGAAAGAGGUGGCAUCUGUCCUGAAGAAGGAACAUCUUAAUGCUACAAAAGCAGCUGUUGAACCCAAGAAACCUGUAAAGGUGCUGAAAUUUGCUAAAAAGCAGAUAGUUCCUAUUCUGAGAAAGGAACAUGUGAAUGUUACAAAAACAGUGACAGAGGUUCCUGAAGUUCCUAAGGUGAAAGCCAAACCAGAACCUGCAAAGAAAGUGGCAGCUCCCAAGGAGCCCAGGAAGGAACCAAAGCAAAAAAUAAAACCUAAACCUGUAAAACCAGAUAUUGAUGCAGUGAAGGAAAAGGAAAAACCAACCCCUGCUAAGAAAGAAGUUGAAGUUUCUGAACCAAAGCUCAAACCCACACCUGUUAAGAAAGAUGCUGAAAUUGCCAAAGGCAAAGCUAAACAAGCUCCUUCAAAGAAGGAAGUUCCAAAGGAAAAGGCCAAAGCAGCUCCUGUCAAGAAAGAGGUUGCUGCUCCAAAAGUAAAGGCCAAACCUAUCAUAUUGAAAAAAGAAGAAGGCACUGCCAGAAAUGUCUCUCUAGUAAAAGAGAGAGUCAAAAUAGUGCCUAUGAAGAAAGAAGUCAAGAUACCAAAAGAGAAGAUACCAAAAGAAGUCUCUGUAAAGACAGCUGAGGUUUCAAAACAGAAGCCCAAACGGGUUGUAACAAAGAGAGAGACAGAAGCACUACCCAAAAAUGUAUCUCUUACAAAGGAGAAGGUGAAGGUAGUGCCACUGAAGAAAGUGCCUGUAACUCCAAAAGAGAAAAUCAAAUCAGCACCAACAAAAAAAGAGGCAGAAGCACCACCCAAAAAUGUAUCUCUUACAAAGGAGAAGGUGAAGGUGGUGCCACUGAAGAAAGUGCCUGUAACUCCAAAAGAGAAAGUCAAACCAGCACCAACAAAAAAGGCUGAGGUUUCAAAACAGAAGCCCAAACCAGUUCUUACAAAGAGAGAACCUGCUCCCCUUAAGACAAGACCAAGACCAGUUGUUAAAGAGACAGAAGCACCACCCAAAAAUGUAUCUCUUACAAAGGAGAAGGUGAAGGUAGUGCCACUGAAGAAAGUGCCUGUAACUCCAAAAGAGAAAGUCAAACCAGCACCAACAAAAAAGGAAGCUGAAGUUCUCAAGGAGAAGAAGGCCGAGCCAGUGACUCCCAAAAAAGCACCUGUUGCCAAGGCAAAACCAACACCUGCUAAAAAGAGUAAAGAAGCUGUUGUGAAAGAAAAGGCAAAGGCAAAGCCCUCAAAGAAAGAACCUGAGGUCAAGCCAGCUCUUGCCAAAAAAGAGCCAGAAGUUACAAAGGAGAAGCCUAAACCAGUUCAUGAAAAGAAAGCUCCUUCUAAAAGAGAGGAUGAACCAAGAAAAGAAAAAGUCAAAUCACUCCUAAAGAAGAAAGAACCCAAAGUACCAGAGGAAAAAGUCAAAACAGCUAUUAAAAAAGAUGGCGCAGCCAUUUUGAAGGAAAAGGUCAAACCAGUGCGGGUAAAGAAAGAACUGGAGACUCCUAAAGAAAAGGAAAAACCUGCUGCAGUAAAGAAAGCCAUGUUGAAGGAAAAGAUCAAACCAGUCCGUGUGAAGAAAGAGCCUGAGGUUUCAAAACAAAAGGUCAAACCCACUGCAACAAAGAAAGAGGAGAGAGUUCUUAAGGAGAUACAGGCGCCUGCAAAGAAAGAAAAAACAGUUGAGAAGAAGGCAGCCAAAGAGAAGAAAGCUGAAGAGGACAGAGUUCUUAAAGAGAUACAGCCACCUGCAAAGAAAGAAAAACCUGUUGAGAAGAAAGUUGCCAAAGAAGAGAAAGUUAAAGCAGAGCCUGCGGUAUCAGACAGCUUUCUUAUGGAAGAUGAGUUGCCCUACUUCCAGUGUUUCUUUGUGGAUGAGGACGAGGCCCAGUUUCCAUUCUACGCCUUCUCGCCUCUGCAGAUUUGAAGCUUCAGCCUGACUCCAGCCUGAGGUUUACAAUGUAGUCAAUUUCGUGAUAAUGGCAAGGUCACAUCACACCCUCUGCUGCUGAAAUGCAGCUGCUGUUCACUGUUGGUCUUCAGUAGAAAACCCUGGACAGCAGAGGAUGACAGGUGAUGGACCAUUAUUUUAUUUCCAGAUUUGGUUGAGCUCUCGUACCAAAUACAUGCAGCCAAUGUCAUUCCUUUCCAUUUCCUUCUGAUAUUUCUUUUUCUUUUAUUUUUUGUGUCCAAUUCUCUUGAAAGGAAAUAUUGUACAUGGAACAAUCUAUGUGUAUUAACUUCUGUGGAUCAGUCAUUGAGAUCCUAAAAGCAACAUAUAUAAGUACUUUAAAUAUAUCAACUGCUCACUUCAUUUUCUUGUAGUGAGUCUGUAAAAAAAAAAGAAA